CCCCCGUCAGGAUCUCGCCUGCGCCAGGAGGACUACCCGCCGCGGAUCGCCGAGCACCCGUCGGACCUGAUCGUGUCGAAGGGCGAGCCGGCCACGCUGAACUGCAAGGCGGAGGGCCGGCCCAGCCCCACCAUCGAGUGGUACAAGGACGGCGAGCGCGUGGAGACGGACAAGGACGACACGCGCUCGCACCGCAUGCUGCUGCCCAGCGGCUCGCUCUUCUUCCUGCGUAUCGUCCACGGGCGGCGCUCCAAGCCCGACGAGGGCAGCUACGUGUGCGUGGCCCGCAACUACCUGGGCGAGGCCGUCAGCCACAACGCCUCUCUGGAGGUGGCCUGUAAGUACCUGGCUCUUUGCUGAUGCGCUGUACGUGCGUUCCACGCUGUCAGGGCCCACGUGCGCUUGCCUUGGGACGGUGGCCAUGUUUGCUUCCUGGUUGAGACCCAGUUGUUGUUGUGGUUUGCCUUGGUGGCUCUGAUCUCCUAGAUGUUCACUGAAGACUGUGGUGGGUUUGUGGACUGUGGCAACUUUCUUGUGCUUGAGGCUCGUGAUUGAUCCUGGAGUUUUAUAACAU